AUGUUCAUCAAGACAGAACAAGUAACCGACUUCUCGUCGGAUUAUCAACCCGCAGAUGAUGACGACUUUUACCAAGACGCAACCCAAGCGUUUAUUACAAGUCAUACCGCCCACAGCGAAAAGUGUGAAGUCACCUUUCGUCUCAAAUACUCGUUCAACCACGGUCGCUCAUGGCACUACAUCUGGGUUGGCGAAGAAGAACUUCAACACAUAAUGCCCAACCUGGUCCUCACAUACUGGCACAAUCUCGGCGGCCGCUGCCAAUCGACAAAUUUUGACAAAUAUCACGUUUUUAGGAUAAUAGGCGAAGAAAAACGAUACUACAAAGUACAGUGGAUAGGAUACAGUGAAGAGGAUGCUUCAUGGGAAAUGAAGAAAAAGAUUGAGCGGAUUCGGCCUUUGGCUGUUUUGGCGUGGAAGGCUCGUUAG